ACUAUUUGUUCAUCUGGGUCUAACUGAGUUGGUGUCAAAUUAGUCUUUUUCUUGUCAAAGUUUGUUGCUUUGACUUUUAACCACUUCCUUUGGUGGACUGUGUUCUCGUUUUGCGUGUUUUUGAGCUUUUGGGUACCCUUGAUAUUGCCAAAGUGUGCUCCUUUUUUAAAGAUAUUGUUGUUUCUUUGUUGCUGCAGCUGAAGGGUUUCUUGUGAUUUUUGUUUUUCUGUUUUGUGUUUUUCUGAUUGGAAUUCACUUCACGCUUUACCAGGGGUUUUAUAAUUUGUUGAGAAGCAGGGAAAUUUGAUGGUGUGAUGGUGUGGGAAUGAUGCAUGGGAAGUAGAAUUAGGGUUGGUGUUGAAGAUGAGAAGGGAGCCCAAAGAGGGAUGCCGAGCUUCAAUUCCGAGUUACCAAUUUCCAAUUCAUGCUAUACAGAAGGGAACGCAAUUGAUACUUUUCAUGUUUCUGACUUUGGAGCAUUUGGUCAAUCAUAUCGCUUAGAGGAUGCUGUUGAUCUGAGUGGAAAUCCAGACUCGGUUUUUAACUCGCUAAAAGUAAGUGGCCAAACAAUUUCUCCUGGCCCUGUUCGUAUUAGUGCUCUCGAUAAGUUGCCAACGUCUCUUGAUAAUAGCCCAUUGACGAACCAAACACAGCUAUAUAGGUUGCGAUUAACAAAGCUUCAAUCAUCAAAUCUCGGCAGUGGUACCAUAUUAAGUGGUCAUACAGAAAACCAGGAAGAGUCUGUCAUGGCCGAUGCCAGUCCAAGGACCGAUAUUUCAACAGAUGUUGACACCGAUGACAAGAAUCAGCGGUUCGAUCAAAAUCAAUCCCUUGUUGCAGUGGGUUCCGACUCCAGUGACCGAUCAAAGGAUAAAUCAGAUCAGAAGACUCUCCGCAGGCUCGCUCAGAAUCGUGAGGCGGCAAGAAAAAGUCGGUUGAGAAAAAAAGCGUAUGUCCAACAGUUGGAAAGUAGUCGUUUGAAGCUGACUCAACUAGAGCAAGAGCUUCAGCGCGCCAGGCAACAGGGAGUCUUCAUAUCAAGCUCUGGCGAACAAACACAUUCAUUGAGUGGAAAUGGGGCCAUGCAAUUUGAUGCAGAAUACGCGAGGUGGCUGGAAGAGCAGAAUCGACAAAUUAACGAGCUGAGAGCAGCUGUAAAUUCUCAUGCAAGUGAUACUGAACUUCGCAUGAUUGUUGAUGGUAUAUUGGCGCAUUAUGAUGAGAUUUUUAGGCUGAAAGGUGUUGCGGCUAAGGCUGAUGUUUUUCAUUUGUUAUCUGGCAUGUGGAAAACACCUGCUGAGAGGUGUUUUUUGUGGCUUGGUGGUUUUCGGUCGUCUGAACUCCUCAAGCUUCUGGUAAGUCAAUUGGAACCUCUCACAGAGCAGCAAUUGAUGGGUAUUACCAACUUGCAACAAUCCUCCCAACAAGCAGAAGAUGCAUUGUCUCAAGGCAUGGAAGCAUUACAACAGUCCCUCGCGGAGACGUUGUCGACUGGUGCACCUUCCUCAUCUGGCUCUUCAGGGAAUGUGGCAAAUUACAUGGGUCAAAUGGCUAUGGCCAUGGGUAAGCUUGGGACACUUGAGGGCUUCAUUCGACAGGCUGACAAUCUGCGCCAGCAGACUCUACAACAAAUGCACCGAAUAUUGACAACACGUCAAUCGGCUCGUGCACUCCUUGCUAUACAUGAUUACUUUUCGCGGCUGCGUGCUCUCAGCUCUCUCUGGCUGGCCCGUCCAAGAGAUUAAUGAGUGUAGUGAAUUAGUCUGUCACAUUUAAAUCACCAUCAAUACUUUGGUCACCAUAAGUUUUGUUCUUAACAAGUGUUCUUGGUGUUGUGGUUGUAGUAUUUUUAAUACUGAUAUUGGUGUUUCCUAGUGUUCACAUAGUCUAGGAAUGGAAAUGGAGACAACAGGCAUUUAUGGUAUAUCUGUUACUAAUAAUAUUGUCCAUUGUAACUGGUGUAAUGGAUAUGUUUUUUCACAUAAAGGUAGUUUGGGGUAUAUGCUAUAUUUUUUGGUAAAUCAAGUAUCCCCACACA